AUGAAUGACCAGAGCUCCAUUGAUACAAGAGAUCAUGUUAUCAAGGAUGAUCUCAUUACUACCAGUGUUGUAGAUACAAUCAGCAACGAAGGAAAUGAUUUUGAGGGGGGGAGCUGUCAGGAAAAUGAGGAUGAAGAGAGCGAUGUUGACAACGAUGGAGAGAUAGAGCAAGAAGAAGGCGGCAGUGAACCUGCUAAAACAUACAAGCGAAUUCUUCUACAACGAUUCACCGUGUACAAUUCAGCUUCCACAAUGUACAUUGUUGGUUCCAAUGCUAAAGAAUCACUAUAUCGAAUCUUGGAAAUAGCAAAAGAUGUAGAAGAUGAACAACUGCUAUCCAUUAUCGAAGACAAGAGCUAUUUUUACACACGCAAAGAUAUGAUUGAGCUACUCAAUGGAUUGAAUGAUUCAGUAGAAGGUGGACUACACAAACUAGCUCAUGGGUAUGGGUUGCUUGGGCUAGUUAGGUUUACCAGGGGUUAUUACUUGAACUUGAUUACCAAGUGCUCACAAGUUGCGAUCCUUGGUGGUCAUUUCAUCUACCAUAUUGAUGAAACCAAAUUGAUUCCAUUGGGGACUAACUAUAAACGACCGGAAAAGUAUAGCGAUGAGGAAAAAUUGCUUUCACUAUUUCGAUAUAUGGAUCUAAGCAAGACUUUUUAUUUCAGUUACAAUUAUGAUAUAACCAAUUCAAUGCAAACCAAUUUUAUGCGUCACAAGUUGUUUAAUUGUCGUGAUGAAAGAGCCAAGCUACAGAACAGAUUGUAUGCGAAUUUUGACUACAAUGAACGCUUUGUAUGGAAUAGUUUGUUGUUAAAGCCAAUUUUGGAAAGUGAAGAUGUUGCUACAUUUGAAUGGUUUCAACCUAUAGUCCAUGGAUUCAUCGAUCAAGCAAAUAUCUCUAUUUAUGGCAGAAAAUUUUACAUCACCAUUAUAGCACGCCGAUCACAUCAUUUUGCUGGUGCUCGGUUUUUAAAACGAGGCAUCAAUGAUAAGGGCAAUGUUGCUAAUGAAAUCGAAACGGAGCAAAUUGUUAGUGAUAUGUUGACUUCAAGUUUCCAUGAUCCUAAAUUUGGAAUGUAUAGUAAUCCGCGGUACACCAGCUUUGUUCAACAUCGAGGAUCGAUCCCAUUGUAUUGGACUCAAGACAUGAACAAGUUGCCAAAGCCACCAAUACAAAUAAAUUUAUCUGAUCCAUUUUAUCAAAGUGCCGCACUUCAUUUUGAUAAUUUGUUUUAUCGAUACGGAUCACCCAUAAUCAUAUUAAACUUGAUUAAGCAAAAGGAAAAACAACCGCGAGAACUGAGAUUGAACAUUCAGUAUAUCAAUUGUAUCAAUUACCUUAAUCAGUUUCUCCCAGAGGCAAACAAGCUUCAUUACCGAUCAUUUGAUAUGUCAAAAAACUCCAAAAAGAAUAUGGAUGUGAUUACCCCCUUGCAAAAUAUCGCACAUGAAGCGAUUAAUCAAAUUGGAAUUUUCCACAAUGGCACCACAAUCAACAAUACCCAAUUACAAAAGGGUAUCAUUCGAACGAAUUGUAUCGAUUGUUUAGAUCGAACAAAUGCGGCACAAUUUAUUAUAUGUAAGGAAGCUCUAACCAAGCAAUUGAGGAGUUUGGAGUUGAUUUCAGAGGGCAAGACUUUGGAUUAUGAAUCGGAUUUGAUUAACAUCUUGACUGAAAUUUUCCAUGACCAUGGAGAUACAAUCGCCAUACAAUACGGUGGGUCAAAUUUGGUCAAUACAAUGGAUUCAUAUCGACGAAUCAAUCAAUGGUCGUCUCAUACAAGAGAUAUGCUAAACAGUAUUAAACGAAUGUACUCAAACUCAUUUAUGGAUUCAAUUCGUCAAGAAGCAAUCAACUUGUUUUUGGGAAAUUAUGAGUACUCACCUGAUAGACCGAAAUUGUGGGAAUUGAGUAAUGAUUUUGUGUUACAUUUUGAUUUUGAUUUGGAGAUGAAACCGAAAAGGAGCUAUACCCAUUGGUUCAAUGAUGCUAACUUGAAAGAUGAUCGAUUUAUGAUUAAGAAUAAGGGUGAAACGGGCGAUGACUUGAACAAGAUGAACGGCCAUCACCCAUUGGUGUCAAAUGAUAAAUGGUAUAAUGAAUGCUAUGUGCCAAGAAAGUAUCAAUCAUUCACAGAAUUAUUUCAGUUUAACAUGAAUUCUAAUUCUCGAUAUUUCCCGCUGUUGCUGCUGUUGCAACAAGUACAGCCACAGAAUACACAAAAGCAACUGAAGAAUGGCGCGCGUCUGAGGCAGCACCUGAAGCUGCAACUGCAACUGCAAUUUCAACUGCAUUUGAUGCUGCUGGUGGCGGUGGUGGCUACUGAAGACCCAUUGAUUCGGUUCGAUUAUAGUCCGUUUGAAAGUCGUAAAUUCAAGCAUUCAGAUAAAGCUGUUGGUGGGGAAGAAAUUUCAUACUUGGAACAUCAAUUGAAUAAAUGUGAAAAUGAUGCAACAGAUUGUGGUGCUUCAGAAAGUGAUGGUAAAAGAGUGACUCGAAGUUCGAGUGGGAGAUACAAUCCGAAAAACAUCAAGACGUUUCUAGCUUCAAAAAUUACAGCCAGGCAUAAUGCUAAAAAGAGGAAUGAGAAACAGAGUAGCAGUGCCGAUAUGCACAGGGUGAAUGUGUCUACUGAUGGCGGUCGAGAUUCUGAAGACAAUGAAGGAGACGAUGAAAAGACCCUAUAUUCUGUGAAUCAGCCAAUUAUUGACAAAGCAGAUGCUAAAUUGUACCAGUCACAAUUUGAUCUAUCCCACUUGAUGAAAUCAAACUACAAUUAUGCCAGUUAUUGUUCGUAUAAAUCGACUCGAUUGAAACCACUGUUUCAAGAUCAAGAGAUUUAUAAAGCAUCAUGCCUUGAUCGUGAAUUGCACUGUCUGGCCAGUGAAGCAUCGCGAAGCCCGUUUGUUGAUAUGGUCAAUACGCAAGAUUUAAAAAUUUAUUUACAGUAUAUCAAUGAUGAAGAAAAGUUGUUAGAGUUGGGUACAGAUCAUAAUUAUAUAUGA